UUGUAAUAAUAAAUUUAUUAUUUUUAUUUUAUUUCGCUGUAAUUUAUUUUACUUUAUUAAAUUGCCAAUUUUGUUAACGAAUUGGCGGAUAUGGGUUCGUUAGAUGUGAAUACGCCGGCAGUGCUACGCGAGGAGCUUGUUGUUCCUAAUAAACUCUUGAUGGGUCCAGGACCUUCUAAUUGUCCUCCGAGGGUCCUGCAAGCUAUGAGCAACCCUGUGCUGGGUCAUUUACAUCCGGAAUGUACAAAGAUAAUGGAUGAUAUCAAAGAAGGAAUACGGUACAUAUUCCAAACUCAAAAUCAAUUAACAUUAGCAGUAAGUGCAAGUGGUCAUGGUGGAAUGGAAGCAGUUAUAUGUAAUUUGUUAGAACCUGGUGAACUCAUUCUAAUUGCAGUCAGUGGCAUUUGGGGGUUACGUGCAGCAGAUAUGGCUAGAAGAUAUGGAGCGAGAGUCCAACUGUUAGAAUCGGCAUUAGGAACUGCCUUAACUUACGAAGAAAUUGAAGGAGCAUUGGCCACUCAUUGUCCUAAAGUGUUUUUCGUUACACAGGGCGAUUCGUCAACCGGUGUAUUACAAAAAAUUGAAGGUCUUGGAGAUCUAUGUCAUAGGUAUAAUUGCUUAUUUGCCGUGGAUACAGUUGCAGCAUUGGGAGGAACGCCUUUUCAUGCAGACCGAUGGGGCGUUGAUGCAGUUUACACUGGUUCGCAAAAGGCUUUAGCAGCCCCUCCUGGAAUAACUCCGAUAUCUUUUAGUGAAAGAGCAAAAGAGAAAAUAUUCGCACGCAAAACGCCAGUAACGGUGUACUAUUGGGAUAUGACUUUAUUGGGUGAUUAUUGGAGUUGUUUUGGACGACCUCGGAUAUAUCAUCAUACAAUAUCUUCAAAUUUGCUAUAUGCCCUUCGGGAAGCUCUCAAAAUUGCUUGUGAAGAAGGUUUAGAAUCAAUGUGGUCUCGACAUGAAGAAGCUGCAAAAAGAUUGCACAAAGGAAUAGAAGAGUUGGGUAUGGAAUUAUUAGUAAAAGAUGAAUCUUCAAGAUUACCAAACGUCACUACCAUCAAAGUUCCAGCAGGUGUUGAUUGGACAAAAGUAUGCAGUUAUAUGAUGACAAAUCACUCACUAGAAAUUAGCGGAGGUUUGGGCCCUACGGCAGGAAAAGUUUUCCGAAUAGGAUUAAUGGGGCCGAACGCCACAGACGAAAAGGUUGAUUUUGUCUUAAGAGUGUUGCCGGAAGCCAUAAGAUUUGCAACGACUGUGAAGUUGUAAUAUUUUGAUGUGAAAGCAUUUAUGUGAUUUUUUUACAAAUAUGAUAUAUAUGAACACAUAACUCUAAAAUGAAAUGUACUAGUGCUUUUAAUAUUAAAUAAAUGAUUAUUUCUUUAUGGCUGUUUCAAAUUUAAUGUUUGUU